AUGUCAAGUGAAUCUUUGGAUUACCGCCCUUCACGUAAAGAACCCAUUGAUCUUGAGUCUAGGGACUCCUCAGACACAUUCGAGGAGAAUGGUCUUCUCGGGAACCGUGGAAGCAUUCCCAAAAUGAAGAAGAGGGCAUCUUGGAUCAGCGGGCCAACAUGUGCCCUGUUUUUCAGCGCCGUAAUGCUCAUCGCUUCGAUUGUGAUUUGGUUUCGAGUCGCCUUCCAGUUGAAGAAGUUCAGCUGCAAUGUGCGCGAGGGAGACAAUUUCGAGCCUGACUUGAGAUUCUCCAGUCGCGUCACCUUUCAGCCUCAUCAUUUCUACGGUGGACCCCCAACAAACGAUACAAAUGAGAUGUGGCGAAUGCUAGAACCUCCUGGGGAUGGAAUUGUUACCAUCCCGAAAGAAUACACCAAAGAUCUUCACCCCUCAUUGGAGGACUCAGAGAAUCCAAAUAACCUCAUCUAUGGUGUUUCCAUGUUCCACCAACUUCACUGCCUCAACUUUCUGAGGCUGGCAUAUUUCGAUGAUGCUAUCAAGGAUUUGACGCCGGAAGAAAUACCAGUUCACCGGGAUCAUUGUCUGAAUUAUAUCCGCCAAGCUAUUAUGUGUAAUGGAGAUGCAACAUUCGAAAGUGUCAAUCAUCAAGGGGUGCUGGAUGGAAUGGGGGCCACUCAUCAGUGCCGAGAUUUUGAUCUUAUUUUCUCUUGGGCAUAUGAGCACAGGCAGAAGAUGAAUGAAGCGGGAUACAAGCCGGAAGAUAUUUUGACCCACUCACCAGCGAAACAGAAUAGUUAUGAUGAUGAGUAG